UCCGAGGACGUGUGGAUGUGCUGUGUGGUCCCCCCGUAUCUCCGUGGCGCAGGACAGGACAGUCGCCACGCCUUCAGGGACGUGUUUUAUCUCGAGCUUAGCUGUCUGCCUGUGUCCGCUUUUUCACCAGAGGAAACCUGUCCGGAGCCCGGACGUUUAACAAGCUCCUAGUAUCCACAGACAUUGUCUGCGCUUCCACAGUCAGAGUGAGCCUCUGAGGAGUCCGGCUCCACUUCACCCACUGUUGUCAGUUGAAGAGGUUUUGAUUUAAACGUUCAUUAAUUUGGGAAUACCUGGAGCGACACUUUUAUCGAUUUGACAUUGGAUACAAGCCGGAUCAAAGAUGGGGAUCAAAGUGUAGUGCCGGUGAGUAGCAAGGUUACCCCACUACGACUAAAAUUUGCAUAUUGAGAUUUUACUCACGCCCACAGCUUGUGCGCGUGCUCGCGCGUGACCGCGUGAGUGUGUAUUAUAUGUCAGCAGCCAUGAUCAAUAAUGUUCAAUCAGCUGUGAGCAGAUCAUGGUGUCGCCACAUAUCCAACUUUACUAUCAACAGUGAUGGCAUCAUGAUGUCUCCUGGUGUCGGGGCUUCUGGAGCUGCUUGCAUCACUUUACUACGAUGGAGGCAUCAGAGUGUGAGGAGGAGUGAGUCAGCGGUGUCCAGGCUGUUUAAAGGGCGUGUGAGGGGAUUCAGCUCUUUUAGGGAGCUGGACUCUCUGACACAUUCACAGCAGAACAUACAGGCAGUGUGAGUAGGUGACGGUGUCAAAGUCGAUGGCUAGAGCGUUUCAAAAGAAAGACUAACCACUGAUAAUGCAGAAAAAUCCCCUCUUGUUGUUUGGUUUACUAGUGUCUACACACAGUGCCAAACCUAUCUCGUUUGUGUAAUUAUUAACGUGGAAGUUAAAAGCUCACUUCUGAUUUCCUCAAACACUGUCUCUACAUCAGUGUAUGUAAAUCUGAGUGAGGAGUGUUUGUUAUUCUCCCUCAGAGAUACCACAGAAUGAACAGGUGUGGCCCUGUUGACAAUUUAUUUUCAUUGGAAUGAGAACUGCCUCCAUGAAAACAUCCCAGAGGUGGUGAGCAGCCUUUACACCUAUGGCUCCCUCACACAAACCAAAAGAUUUGUAAUUUGUUUCUUGCAACUUAUUGCGAGGUAGCUAUAUGAAAGUAACACCGGCUUCAUCAGAAACCAGUUCGGUCGGGGAGAAAUUCUAGCUGAGGUUGUUGUAUUACCAGUAAAGCUGCUUCUCCUCCUGAUUCUUGCUCCCACGCCCUGAGCUCUGGUGUCCUCCACCCCUCGAGCAGCCACCGCUGCACUUCCCAGCCCCCAAGGAGUGAAGCACAGGAGGGGGAAUCACGUUUCGUGACUGCGCUCUCUCUCAGCAUGGAGCACCGAGAGGCAGCUUUGCAGCCUCUGCCUUCACACAUGCCCUGCUUUGUUUGUGUUUAUUUAUCUCUUCUGCCUGUUUCAAAUGCAACCCUUGGAUGUGUAUAUUUGCUUACUCUCACCUUGACUGGCAGUGUGUGCUUUUGCGUGCCCUGAGGGGGGAAAAACAAACACAUUUUGUGUUUGCUGCAGAAGAGGUUUCUUUGUGGCAGGACAAAACGCUGCAAAUCAAUUGUUGAAUUCUUUUCGGUUUGGAAAAGAUAAAGCUGAAUGAUCUGUAUUGUCAUUUUUACCCUUUGACUCUGUCCUCUGGUGAUCUGUGCACAGCUUUGCUCCACCUCUCCGUAAGCUCUUCUGUGCUCUGCUUAUGAAGCUUUGCUGCCCUCGGCAAAGGAAUAGCUUUUGAAUUGCAGUGCUCACUACAACAGUGCGGUGGAUAGAUGGUUGUACAAGCGUGAGUCACCAGUGUAAGGGUCUGUCAGAAGUCUGCAGGUACAGACACAGUCUACAGCACAUGUUCCCUCCAAUUCAGGCCAAGUCUGCAGAGAAUAACAGGUGUGUUGUUAAUGAGGGCAGCGUUUGGUGUGACGUGAGACUGAGAGAGGCGAGUUCCCAGAGAGUGGGGCCACAGUCAUUGUGAGGGGGUGUUUGAGGAGAGAUAGAGAGAAGAAAGGGAGGGGAAGAGUGGGUGCAGGGUCUGUCUGGGGCAGAUCAACAGGGAGGUAAACACAGGAGCUGUUAGUCUGGUGGCAAUGACAGCUUUAUCACCACCCCAAAGUUUAUGGCUGUGUGUGUGUACAUGGGGGAAGGGGUUUGUGUGUAGAUAAGAGUGUGUUUGUGUGUGUGUGUCAUGGAUCACACUCUCCGCUCUACAGAAAUGACAGAAUUUAACCACAGCCUGCGGUAAAGAGAAUACACUUCCUCAGCAUGUGCACAAGGGAUUCCAGAUUCUGAGUGUCAAACACACAAUGCAGCUUUUAGAAAAACGUCUUGUAUGUUCUUCCAGUGAUCGCUUCCUGUGUUGGGUGAAUGUGCGAUGGAAAGCAUCUUCUGAAAAUGACAUCAAGAUCAAAUUAAGCCAACUAUAAAUAGCAAAAGAUAAUAGUCAACAGUAAGAGCCUUUCUUUUCUUUUUAUACUUCAUUUCUUUUCUAUCCCUGUGAUGUCAACAAAUGGGGAAAUUCCCGAAACUACUACCCAAGAUUUCCCCAGUUCCACUCGAUUGUUGAGUUUCAACCUCAGCCCAGACAGGAGGAGCUGGAUUGAAAAAAGGGACAGAACAUGGUGACGGUCUGUGUACCUGACAGGCCUACGGAUGUCCCUCGGCUACUCUGCAGCUUUGCCACUGACACAGGGAUGAUGAGAGCGAUCUCACUGACGGACCGAGGCAGACAGGGUUCAAAUGUGGAAUCACUCCGUCACAGCCGGCUGCUCUGUCAGCAGAGGGAGAAAGAGAGAGAGGGAAACAAGGGAUUUUGAUGGAAUAAAAGAGAGAAGAGGGGGUGUUACUGUGGGGAUUCAACAGGCAUCUAAUUAUCUCCCAACAGGAGCCUUGACUCCAUGGAAACACUGUGAGCUGUGCAAAGCUGAUUUGAGCAGCCUUCGCAUGGUCUGCACGCUGUCAUUCAGGCAGUUAUUGACAGUCAGUCUUUAUGGAUCAGCCAGGGUCAGAAAAGCAAUGGAAUAUGAUUAGAUCCCUGGUGUCUACAACAAACCACUUGAGUAAAAAUGUUGAAUACUUCAUCAGACAUUGUCUCCAUGCAAUGAAACUUUCUGAUUCUCUUACAGAUAUCAGGUUUCAGAUUUGAUAUUUUUGUGAGUCAUCAGGCUGUGGAACUCUUGCAUUAAAGAGUCGUCAGGUAUAUGUGUGAAACUACACAAAAAGUUCCCAUUUAACUUUAAAUGUAUCAGAGAACAGCACAUUGUUCUUUGGACUUUGUAUUGAACCACAAUAUUUCUUUUUUAUCAGCUUCCAGUAUUAUUUAAAAAAACAAGUAUUUUAAAGUGUCACUCAUUGGAUUCUUGUCCAGAUUUACUCUCCCUCUUCUCUAUUCUUUGAACAGACAGUUGUGGGGGUUUUGUAAAAUCUGCUUCCAGGUGAUUUGUGCAUGUUUAGAAUUGAAUCCAGCCUUUUAGAGCUACGGAGUAAUGAAUGAUAUCAUCAAAGAGCAACGAUUUCAUCAAGUUGGUUCUUGCUUUGAACAUGCUCUGCAAACCACAUGGGGUUUCAUCGCUUGAUAUGUCCUACAUAUUCUUGUCCUGCGGUUAAACAGUGUGUGAAGAAAAGCUGAAAGAAUUUACAGGUCCUAUGACUAACAGGAAGACUAAAGAAUAUCAGAGAAUUUGUGGUAGUAAAAAGUGAAGACCCAUGGUUUUAUCUUUAAAGCUUGUUAGACAUUAGGACAUUGACAGUUAGGUUUGGGAUGAUAAAUAAACAACCAUAUUUUCUUGGUUUAAACAGCUGGAAUUCUCCAUAUAUCUUCACACUAGGGGUGGGAAUCACUAGCUGCCCCACAAUAUGAUAUUAUCACGAUACUUGGGCCAUGAUACGAUAUUAUCGUGCUUUUUAACAUUUUGCAAUACAGUGAGUGAGUAUUGCGAUACAAUAUAUUACAAUUUAUACAAUUUUUUUCAACUGUUUAGCAAAUUUUACAUUUGGCUUUCCUUUAUGUUUAUUUACGCUGUAUUUUAUUUACAUGUAGAACAUCUUGCAAACCUUAUUUGUUGUACUCACUUUUUCCUGCUCUAUGAUGUCACUUCUGCCAACCUCACUGGACAAAAAGUUGAUUUUUCCACUAUCAUCGAUUUGACUUCAUAUUAGCAAUUAAUUUGAAAAAACGAUACUUGGUAAAUGAGACGAUACAAUAUAUCACCAGACAGAAUAUUGCGAUACUAUGCUGUGUCGAUUUUUUUCUCCCACCCCUACUUCUCACGCACAAAAAGCUUAAAACGUACAAAAAAAUACAUUAGAUUUUUUUAGCUAUUACCAAGCUUUCUUACUUUUUAAGAUGGUUAUACAGGCUCAUGUUAAGUUUAAUGUUGAUUCCAUCUGUAGCUAGGUAGAUAGGAAGAACAGUGUCCUUGUAAAAGUGCUGCUAACUGUUUUGUAUUUUAGCUGUAUAAAGAAACCUAAAGGCAGACUUUUGUGGUUAGUUGCGUGGCCUGCACAGGAAGUACACUUUGUUCUGUGUUUACUUGAGAGUCUGUCGGCAUUAUCUGCAUAAAUAUGAGAUGUCUGAAAUCUGUUGAUGUAGCCUUCAGUUUGACCUUUCUUUCCAAUCACACCAAAAUACACAAGGCCUGAGUUGUGAACACACUCCUCUCUGUCAUUUCUCAACACAAAUUAACCAGCUUUGACAUUGUUCAUCAGCAGUGACAUACUGCACGGCCUCUGCCUGUGCCGGUCUUAAUGAGCAGAUAGAUGUACUCUAAUAGGAGAGGAAGCGACCUUGAUGAAAUUAGUAACGUCUGGAUAUUAGAUUUGUAUCUGUUCUAGUCUGGCUUGUUGUUUUGUCACAGUUAUUGUGCAGGUCUGAUUAAACGUAACACAAUGCUGAGAGGGCAAGUAGAUGAACAGAUUUGUGUUAAAAGAAAGUAUACUGGCGUAAAAGACAAUUGAGGUAGCUGCACGUAAGCAUUGUUUCAUACAGCUUUUCUGUCAGCGUGCUCUUAACCACUCCGCUCUGUUCUUCCUUCCCAUUUUCUUCCAUUCACUUGGGGGGUUGCUAAUUUCUCCUAAGAGCCACUUGAGGCAAAAUUAUGCCUGUUAAAAGACGAAAAUCACCCCUCAGAAGAUCACUGCAUUCAGAAGGGUUGUAAAUAGGCAUAUAAUGAAUACAUGAGUGUUUUUUAAAGCAUUAUGACCGUCACGAAUGGCAGAUUUAGGGCACUAAACGCUUUGACACGUUGAUGUGUGCCCACUAACAUCCAGUCUGUGCUCAGCCCCAAUUAUCUCUCAGCGACAUGGUAGAUAACCCAGACACAUCACAUGACACAGACCCUUCAAAUCAUAUUCAAGGCCAAUUUUUAUCCUCUUUGAACAAGGGGAAUAGAUUCAUAACUGUAUUUUUCACACAUGUGAAGUGGUUUGAAACAGGCUUCAGUGAAUCAUGGUGCUCAACCUCUAGAGCCGGUCUCAUAUGCAAAGACUUACCCUCAGGCUUAUGCUGCCGUGCAGUGAUUGAUAAUAGUUGGAUUUCAGGGGUUAAAAUAUGCAGAUUGCAACAUCAUCUUUGCUCUGUUUUUUUUUGGAGAUGUAAGAAAACACUGCAGCACAGCCGCACCUCUUGGACAACGGCAGGACAGACGUUUGCGCUCACAGAGAAGUUAUGACUUCACUUGGACUCUGAUACACUUUGACUCCCUCAGCCCUUUUGCACACUUACACACAGCAGAAACCCAAACACAUGCAUGCACGCAACUGUGUCCAAACUCGCUCAGGAAUGAGGAUGCCUACACACAUGCACACAGGGGUGUGUUCACAGAGGAGAAUCCCCAGUGAUCUUCAAGCUGGGAAUGAUGGAGCCGGUGGGAGUGUAACAGGUGCCAGGAUGUCUGUGUAACCCCACUUACACGGUACAGGGGGAUUCCAAUAAAAAGGGAUUUGGGAAGUGUGCCCCUGUUAAGGUGUGAGUUAGAUUCCCAUCCUCUGUUGUCUCAUACCACAGAGAGAGGGAGAGAGGCUGGGGAAUGGGUGGGGAGCAGGAAUGCCUUGACAGUAACUCAAUCCUGUGUUUGGCUGCUGUGUGGGUGCAAGUGUGCAUGCAAGUGUUCCUUUCAAGACACAAUGAACUCAUUUGUUUUCAGCUGCACUCCUCCCUUAACACACACUCUCCACAUUAACCAGCAGUAGAGCACCGGUUUGAAUUCAUUGUGUGCGGUGACAUAUGUGUGGUAUUUUGCGCUGUCUCUCCGUUGUCUUCGGUGCCAAGCAGUCGCUGUGUAGCUCAGCAGCCAGAUUGGCUUGGCCCCUGGACCUUGGCAUCCACUCUGGACGCCAAUACACAUUUGGGCUCCUGUUGUGGCUGGGGAUGAUGGCAGGGGCAGAGGGCCAAGAAGCCUCCCAUGCCAGCAGCUCCCACUGGGAGAGCAGGCUGCUGCAAGGCCAUCUGUACAGGCGUCCUGACUAGAAAAAUAGGGCGUGGAGAAGGAGGCACAGGAGGAGGGGAAGGAAUAGAGGGGACACUUAGGGAGGAGGUGGGAAUGAGAGGCUGGAUGACAAAGAGGUGUUUACCUUCUGGAGUCGCAUCAUUUCAGCUUUCAAAGAACACUUUGGAAGAUUUAGGCCACGGCCGCAAUACUCUGAGGCCCACAAAACGGUGUCAGGAGGACCAAAAAUAUGCGAGGAUCUACUUUUUUACAGCACAGUCUGAAAAUAGAUGGAGUGUGGAAAGUGUGAUGUGUUGAUGUGUUGAAGGAGCGACAUGUGAAUCUUAAUUAGAGAGGAAGUGUUGGAGCAUGAAAAAGGAGGCAUCAUUAAAAAAAAAAGAUGGAGAAGAAAAGGAGAGUUUGGUGUGUUUGGUAGAGAGGGACUUCAACAUUCAUAGAACCUCUCGUCCUCUUUCUACCCUGGAGGGAAUAUCAGCCUCUAACUCCCCUCCAAAGCCCACCUCGGUCCUUUACUCAUCCCAUCCCGUCUUUUUUUUAACCUCUCUUUAACUGUGAUCUCUGACACCAGGAAGCAACUACAGACACAAACAAAGUGUUGCUGCAAUACCCAUACCGGAUAUUUGCUGUGCCUGCCUCUGACAGUGUGCUGCUCCUCUAAGAAUAGCACUGCAUCAGGUCUUGGUUUCACACUUGCUGUGUGGUGUUCUCCGUAUUUGUGCACUUUGUGCUUUCUGUUAAUGCAACAAAGAUUUGAAUAUAAAACAACACAACAAAUAUUGAAAUCAAAUUUGAAUUGAUCACAUUGUAUUCCUUGUGAAACACUGCGGCUAAUGGAGAUCAAUCUUAAUAGUAGCUCUAAUGAUCGUUUAAGGAGCCUCUUCAACACAACUCUUUAAAAUGCUGUCUAGGACUUUGGGCUUGAGGAAGAGUGACCUCCUGGUGAAAGCUAAAUUAUCAGGGACUAGUAAUUAGAACAAAAAUUGAGCUUAAAAUCUGUUUUACUCGGUUUUGGCAUCUUAAAGGAGGGAUGAAAACUAUUUCUGCUGCUACAAAAAAUAUACAAAUUAAAUAUGCAUCUGCAGAAAGUUCAUUACCCUUUACUUCCAUUGGGGUGAUGAUGAAUAGAUGUGUUGAGCCGCACCAAUGAAUCAAAGUCAAUAGUGACAGCUGUAAUGGAUAUUAUACAGUCCAGUCUCUGUAUGGAGGACUUUUUCAUCAAGUCCCUGUCAGCAGAUAAAGCUUAAUUCGCCUUGAAACCAAGCCAAGCUCCAUAGCAGUGCUACGGCAAAGAUCCCUACAGAAGCCUAAUGCCGCGUUCAAGUUACCUCAGAUGUCAAACGUCGGAGCUGGGAAUGACGCCACACCCGAGUUACCAGCGUUUCAGUCACUAAGUCGGAAAAAAGCACAAUCUGAGGCGGAAACAAGAUGGCUACAUCUACGAAAGUUAUUUUACCGCUUGCCUUGUCCUUGCUAAUAUUCAGACAAGCCAAGCGCUAAUAUAACUUUCAUAGAUGUAGCCAUCUUGUUCUCACCUCCGAUUUUGCUCUCUUCCGACUUAUGCUGGUAACUCAUGGGUGAUGUCAUUUCCAGCUCUGACUUCUGACUUCCCCGGUAACUCAAACGCAGCAUCAACUCUUCACCUUUGACCUUUGAACUCUUACUCAUCGAAGUCAAUAGCCUGUUUAGCCCCCCAUAAGCCUCAUUUCUUAAUGGAGAGCAGUUCUCAAAGCUGAUUGUCUUCAUCCAUUAACUUUUUUGGGUAUUGGAGAAGAUUCAUCAGCACCCAUCUCAGUGACACAAACACACUCCUGUAGGUGUGUUAUACUAUUUAUGUGGCUAAACAGGUUCCACACAGGUAGAAAUGGCUGCAAGAAUACAGAGAUUAGCACAGUUAUGGAGCAGUUUGACGGCUUAAAGCUGCUCCGACGCAUCAGGAAUGUCAUUGUUUCAUUCAUACACCCGCCAUGCAUACACACACACAUGGCAAGACAGUCAAGGGUGCUGAUAAAGAUUGUGUGUCUCCAGACAGAGUGCCAUUCUGUUAAUCAUGAUAGAACAAAGCAGGCAGAUCCCCUGAUGGCAACGAUAACAGCCUGACAGACUCACAAUACAACACACACACACACACACACACGCUUAAAAAGCCCCGAACAAUGACACUCCCCCAGCUGUCUAGACAGAGUGCAGGGCUGCCGUUGGCGAGCUGCUGGAGAUCUCAGGGGGGAUUAGAGCACAGACCACUACACUCACCUGUUCUUAGCUGCUUGUUUCUCAAUGCGCUUUUUCACACAGUGUUGAUGCAAUGUGACAGGCGCAGAGGGAGCUGGGUGUAUCAUGAGGUAUGCAAACAAGUAAGACAAGGAGUACGGCUGUGGAUGACUUUUUUGUCACCUUGUAAGAAAAAAAAAACAGUGUCAGCAAAGGUCUUAAGAGUAGGAGUAGUUAUAAGAGAGAAAAGAUAUUUUCUUAUGAGCAGCUGUCUUGAAUUGUUUGCAUUUUCCAGACAUGGGACUUUUUUUUUUUGACAUGUGAAAAAUAUUCCAGAUCACAAUGGAAGGAAAAAUGACCAACUUUAUCCUCUGGAGUUAUUUUGAGGACCUGUGCUUGGUGUGAAUUGCAGACAGGGGUGUUAUUUAAAGGACCUAGACAACAACAUUUUUCAUAUUAUUAUCACUUCCAUUGAGACUUUACAAAAUUUAGAAAUGAUGUUUAUUGAUGCUUACUUUAAUAUGCUUUUUGUUGGAUAUAACUAGUUGAAUAUGUUUGCUAGGCACUUGAUACUGUCAAGUGACUGGCAUGAGGGAGUUAGUUUGUUAACCUUGUACCUGCUCUUGACCUGGACUAACUAAUGGGAUCACUUAAUGGCAUUUACGGGAAAGAUAACUCCACUGAUUGAGUACUGCACUCACAGGCUUUUAUAAUUCAGGCAUGUUUUUAGUUGUUACAAUCACUCAGGGUCUACAUAGACCCAAAGGCAACACUGACAGUACAGUUGGAGAGUGGGAUGUGUUAUGCUAGUGGCUAAUGUAGCCAGGAGUUUCUCGCCUCAAGCAGAUACGAGGAGGGAGCAUCCAAGGUCUGGAAACUUUACUACUUACUGAAAACUUAACCAUACAAGAAUGUUGACAUUGCUUCAGGCAGUUCAUCUACAUUUUUGCAUCAUUCUCUGGAGCAACAAAAAACGUGAUACAACUUUUCAAUAUUAAGUUAUUUUACUCUAGGUCUGGGACAAACUAAAUACGCUGUAAAUCUACUAAUACAUGUUUUUCACAAAAACCUUACAUGCUAAUGAUGGCAUUUAUUUGGUAGGGGUGGGAAUCACUAGCAGCCCCAUGACAUGAUAUUAUCACAAUACUUUGGCCACGAUAUGAUAUUAUUGUGAUUUUUAACAUUUUGCAAUAAAGUGAGUAUUGUGAUACCAUACAUUGCGAUUCAUACAAUUUUUUUCAACUGUUUAGGUAAUUUAGCAUUUGUCUUUCCGUCAUGUUUGUCUUAUUUAUGCUGUAUUUUAUUUACAUGUAGCACUUCUUGCAAACCUUAUAUUUAUAUUUGUUGCACUAACUUUCUCCUGCUCUAUGAUGUUAACUCUGCCAACCUCACUGGACAAACAGUUAAUUUUUUUUUUUCCAUUAUCAUAGAUUGACUUCAUAUUAGCAAUUAAUUUGAAAAAUCAAUACUUGGUAGAUGAGACGCUACAAUAUAUUCACCAGACAAAAUAUCCCAAUACUAUGCUGUAUCGAUUUCUUCUCCCACCCCGAAUAUUGAAAGCUCUUUUUUUUCCUGCAAAUGGGACAUUUGAUGAGACUGUUUACUCUUCUGCAUCAUGAGUACUAGGAUGAGUAGGCCUACUUGCAGACACAUCAACGCAUUCCCUGUUAUCACAUUCCUGGCACGGCAUGGACAUGGCUGAGUAUUCCACAUACAAACACUGAUGACUGAUCUGUCAUAAGACACACACUGUAUGUCUGUAGAGGAGUAAACCUGACUGACAUCUGCUCACAUGCUGCGGACAGUGAGGUAUCGACUGACACAGACGCAGAGAGCUGUGAUGAAAUGAUGAAUCAGAGCUGCAGAAAUGCCAGAGGGCAAGAGCAGGAGAGCCGAGGAGGAAGCAACCAGGAGAAAUAAGGCAAGUGAAGAUUAUCGCAAAUGAUAGAGGAAGUCAUUGCUAGUGCGAGCACGUAGUAUAAAACCCUCAGUCACUCCCAUACAUAUAUAAAUACAAAUACUCCAGCAGACGCGUGUGUAUGUGUGUGUGUUUGUAUGCAUGAGAUGACUCAUAAAUUCUUGGAUUUAGUCUCUUAGAGCUGAGCAAACUUUGUCUUCCUGUCUGUUAUAUCAUGGAGGAAGAUGCCAAAAAGCUUUUAUAUUGCAUCUAUGUUGUUGCUUUUUGUGUUUAUGGGGUCACUUCUUAUAGUGGCUGCAGGAGGUUGCUGCAAGGACGCUCAGGGCUUGCCCCUUUUGGAAUCUACACAGUGACUAAUCUAUGCAGUGAAGACCACCUUUACUGAAAGAUGGUCUGAAUGAGUCAUAAAGGGAUUUUGAAGUUUGCUACGUAACAUAGAUUCCUUAUGCGCACUGCUUUUACACUGGUGAGCAGCAGCAAUCAUUUUUAAUGUACGUGAACGCAUGAGAAAGUGACAGUCUUGAGAUUUAUCUUGAUCUUGAUGUGGUUCUUGCGGAUGUCCUGAAAAUCAUCUUCCUGGUCCGUUGCACCUCUUUUUUUUCUCUGCACUUCUUUUGGAGUUUGAAGGAGCUGCAAUUACAACUCCGAUUAGACACAAUAAGUCGACCCUUUUCAAUCACAAUAUAACUGAUGAGAGAUUCAGUUUAAGGGGCUCGUAGCAUGAGAAUUAGGAAGGAAGUUUGUCAUUUGUGUGACUUUGUGCGUGUGUGUGCAAUUGUACCAGGAUGUGUCAUGCGGUAGAGGCCAUGGAGAACAAAGGACGGCUGAGUAGGUAACUUGAGACAUGAGCUGCUGUGCUUUACCCCAGUGUGAGCUUGACCUUUCACCCCAGGGACACUCGGGAUGGUUUAUGGAGGUGGCUGAUAGGCCAGUGGGGGAGGGGAACCUGAAGGUCAACAGAGGAUGAAACCACUGCCGGAAGGUUCUUAGUUUUCCUCUGGUGGUUUAGACUGAUCGCUGACAUGGUGCUUUUUUUUAUUACUUUUUUUCACACCAUUAUUUUUUUGUGAGUUUUUAAUGUGCACAGUAAGAGCACAGAUUGUGUUGGAAACAAUAGGAGGAAGAUGGCGCGUUUAUAUGUGAAAACUGUUCCUGUGAGUUGCAUGAGGUCUCGCUGUCGGCAAGUAAUUUUGGCACCUUUUCUCGUGACUUCUGCAAGCGACAAGGCUUUGUGUCGCUGUACAAGUCUGUAGGCACACAGAGAGUCUGCACGCUUUUCUGGUGCUGAUGAGAGAUUCAGAUGGGUGCAACCUGGUUCAUCCAGAGAGAGCAGGACUACAGCAGUCUGUUUUAUGUCACCUACAUCAAAUUCAGAACCGAUUUCUCUUUUAUUGAUAAUCUGUAUCUAAUCGUGCCUUGGCUGUUCUUUGAUAUGUGAAUUUAAAGUGAUGAUAAUUGCACCCUGAGGAUCAUCACACUCUGUAUCUGUAGUAUCACCACUCUAGUGCACAGUACAGUAAGGGACUCCUACCUACAGCUGCUGUGUGCGACCGCUGAGGGAUGAAGCAUGUUGAAUUUUUAAAGUGUGUAACCCAAAGUGCGAUCGCUUUCAGGCAACAACUGUCUCCACGGCGACUGAGUGACCCAUAUUUUCUCUCUCUCCUCUGUCAUGUUGUGGUGGGCGAGUAGGGCAGCAGUAAAGGGGGUGCUCUGUACCCCCGAUGAUGAGUGGGUCAUCAGUUAGAUGAAACGAGCGAGUUUCUAGUUGAAAGAAAGCAAAAAGGAGGUUAUACACACCACAAAAAGUUGAACAAACUAGUUCAUACAUGGCUUUGUUGAUUCACUGCUGUAAGAGUUUGCAAAACAGAAUGAUGCCGAAGUAAGUCUGAAGAUAUCUAUUGUGUUAUGCACACAAAAUAAACCCAUCCAGAUGAAAUAGACAGCAAAAACAAUCCUGAAACACAGCUAAGAAAUACAGGAAAUAACUGAAACAUGUCUCUAAAAUUCUCUCAUGGUCAAGAAACUCCAUUUGUAAGGUCAAAAAAAAUACAACAAACAUGUUUAACAUAAAAGUAAACAAUAAACUACUCUAUUUUGUAGUAGGUUUUUAAAGAUCAAACAUUAGAAAACAAAUAACUAAAAACAAACCAUAAAACACUAAAACAGGAGCCGAGUCUCAUGCAGGGUUAAAAGCCAAUGAAUAAAAAUGGUAAAGUAAACAAUAAACUACUCUAUUUUGUAGUAGGUUUUUAAAGAUCAAACAUUAGAUACCUAAAGGGUUUCAGGGCCUGACACACAUAGAGUUCCUCACUGUCCUAGUAUGUUUUAUACACAUUUACAGACUCUCUCUCCUUUUAAAUAAGGAACUAUUUGUACGGAGUAUCAUAAAUGUAAUGCUGUGAGUUUAAAAGAAACAGGAAUUGGUUUCACAAAAUAAAGACAUCACUAAAUGCGGAAUGUCUGAGCAGAAAUUCCCAUUUGAAUGUGAAAUUUUACUUUGUGGGGUUUCCGUGUCAUUUCCCUCUAACCACGACUUACAAGAAGUGAGUGAGCUGGGACUGAAGUCUGCUCUGUUUUUUUUAUUUGUUUACUUUUUUCUCAGCCAAUCAAUUUCACUUCUACAAGUGCUGUAUGUGACGUUCAUAUUCCUGAAACCAAACCGUGCAGCUCUUCCUCAUUCUCUCUAUUUUCUGCUGACUCGUCGUUUUUCUGUCUGUCUGCCUUUUAGAGAGGAAUGCCCCAGACUGUGUGCUCAGGCACCAUGUUCACCACUCCCAGUGGUUUCAGCCCCCAUCUGGCCUGUGCUGAGCCUGGGGAGGAGGAGGAGGCCCCACAAGAGGGCACGGAACCAGGGGCCUGCCUGGCUGAUGGGCCCCCGAUAACCUCCGCCUCCCUGGACACCCUGAUCCAGAACUUGGUCCCCACUGCAGAUUACUACCCAGAGGUAAAAGGGAUGACAUUUAAACAUUACAGACUAAUUCAGAGGGUUCAUUGAAGUGAAAGUGUGGAUCUGCCAGUGAAUUCAUCACCUCUCUUUAAUUACAGGAAGCCUCAGUGUUUGUUAUUGAUGUAGUGGCAGAGUCUGAGCAAACAUUUCCCUCUGUUCUUUGACAGAAAGCCUAUGUGUUUACCUUCUUGCUGUGCGCUCGUCUGUUCAUCCCUCCUCCUGAGCUGCUGGCCAAGGUGUGUGAGCAGUGCAUCAAACAGCAGCAGCUGGAUCAGAGCCCACUUGAUACGGUGAGUGCCGCAUUUAACACAAAAACACCACUCCUGUAUGAAAAGGCACGAGCAAAUGAAGUGACACGCAGGCACAGCAAAAUGAUUAUAGACACACUUUGUGCAUCUGCUGAAUAUUUUGAAACACCGCCCUCUUUUUGCCAACAUUUUUGCCUGGUGUAGCCAAAAAUGUAGACCAAACGUGACCUCUUUCAUCCCUUUGAUAACAGGCAAAAGUGCGCAAGUUUGGUCCCAAGAUCCUGCAGCUGCUGACAGAGUGGACGGAGACAUUCCCCUCAGACUUCAGGGAUGAGAAGAUGGUCGGACAGCUUAAGGACAUCAUCCACAGAAUAGCUCCCUGUGAUGAGGUACGAGGUUGACAGUGCACCGUGUUAGCAGUCCAGCCAUCUCCACCAAGGACACAAUUUAUUUCUCACUUUUAAAGAGAUGCUGUUUCUUCUUUAAAAUGAAGGACAGUCAUAAAAUCCCCAGAGGAUAAGAAUUUGUGAUGGCUUGUGCGACGAUUUUGAUCAGUAGCGUAGAUUUUACCACCACAGCCUGUUUAAGCUGCCGUGACUCGCUGUGUAUCUGCAGUAGGAAAUGCUCCGAUGGGGAACCAAAUGCAAUUAUCACCACUAGCAGUGUAGCAGGGUGAUGGAAGGAGUCAGAGUGUCAGUGCAGGGUGAGUAGCCACAGCUCUGCGUUACACAAUCUUACAUUACAGAAGAGGAGAGGAGGAAGGAAGCAAGGAUGUUAGAGGAGUGGCUCUAUCUGCAGCCUCCAGGGGGAAACAGAGGAGGGGAGAGAUGGAUGGAGAAAACAGGAGGGGGGGAUGGGAUGCAGGGGCAGCAAGAGCAGAGGAGGAGGAGGAGGAGGAGGCUGAUGAAGUUGAGGAAGAAUGGAAGGGGGUGAAAAGAGGACAGAGAGGAGGGAAGGUGGCAGGCAGUGAUAAAUGUGCUGCUAUUUACAGACUGCUGUCCACAGUGAGUGUGUGCAUUUGUGUGCAUGCAUACAUGUGUGAGCUGUAGCUCCAGGUCAUUUGUGAGGCAGAGUGACCUAUCGGCCUCUGUGACCAGUCAUCUGCAGGGAAGCUCACAUUCCUGGACACAACACAAAGCACAACCCUGCUGCUGUUCGAAGAAAACCUCGAAAAGACUCCUUCAUAUCUUUUCAAAUAGUAUCAAUUAAUGCCAAGUCUUUAUUUUAAAAGCUUUGAAGUUACAAGGAUUAAAGUCACACAGCGAUAAGAGGUGGUAUGAGUUACAAAAGUGCAUACACAGCACAAAGCAACACUCAGAUAAACUCAAGCUUGUUCAGAAACGACACAACGAGGUCAUAUAUGAUACAAUAAGAUACGAUUCAAUUUUGGUGAUAAGAUUGGAUCAGGUACCGUAUGAUACAACAUUGUCAGUUUCAUUAUUAGCCAUGCUUACAUGUGCAAAAUUUCUUGAUCCGAUUAAAAAUUUAAGGGAUCGGAUAAUCUGAGUCCACUGUUUAUAUGGGUACAAAAUCAGAUAAUACAAUCGUGACGUGAGUAUACAUGCAUUUAACUUUUUUCAGAUUAUUUGGACAUGCCCAGAGUUGUCUGAUUUUGCUAAAGUCUUUAAUAAUGAGACCUCCUGUACUGGCCUUAAUAAAUAAAGAGUGAAGAUCGAGUCAGGUAAGAGAGUCAUGAUCGGGAUAAGUGUUUACAUGGAUGUGUUUCGGAAUAAUGAUCGGCAUAAACCAUCCCUCUCGAUCGCAAUAAAAAUAAUAAUAAUAAUAAUAAUAAUAAAAUCUUUCCGUUUGAGCCGAAUUGGGCCAAAAUCUUCCGAUCGACAUGUUUAUAUGACGCAUUUUGAUCCCGAUUGGGCAUUUAUUCCAAUUAUUUGUGCCCAUGUAAACGCAGCUACUGACAGCCUCUCCUCUCCUUUCCUCUCCUCUCCUCCCUGCAGGCGUACUGGAAAACCCUGAACCAGGUGUUGCAGAAGCUCAGCCAGCGGUUGGCCCUGAUGAGCCAGGGGGAAGAGAGCAUCGUCAAGGUCUCCCUCAAUGCCUCCUCCAUCUCUGACAAGCUGGUGGCCUUUAAAACCAAGCCCCCACCCAUCCAGAAGGACAUGCUCUCCAUCUGCAACGACCCAUACACACUGGCACAGCAGCUCACCCACGUGGAGCUGGUGAGGAGAAAGGGGGGGCGGGGGAGAGGGAGGGAGGGAGGGAGGGAUGUGGGGGUUAGACAGAGGUCAGGGCUAGAAAUGAUAACAAGCAUGGAGGAGGAGAAGCAGAGACAAAGGAAGAUGGGGCAAGAGGAGGGGCUAAGGAUGAUCAUAAUGCAUGGGUGGAGAUAUAGUCCAAGCUGGGGACAGUAACAUGGAGUAUGUGACAUCAAACAUAGACAUGAAAAUGAUCAUGGACAAAUGCAAACAGACAGGAGGUGGAAUAGCAACUAAAACUAGCAGGCUCCUCCCACUUUGUGAUGUUGUAGCAUGUAGAGAAACUUACAGAGGUAAAUCCUUGAUCCUUACUUGUCAGCAUUUACAGCACAACACUGAAGGGUAUCACAUAGACAGAGGAACAAAGGAUCUCUGCAGCAUCCCUCACACUGCUUGCAUGGCGUCUUCAGUCUAUUCAUGUGUGCCUUGAUGUAGGCACGUGUAUCUGGGGGUGAUUUUGUUUGUGCACGCGUGAGUGUGUGUGUGUGUGUGUGUGUGUGUGUGUGUGUGUGUGUGUGUGUGUGUGUGUGUGUGUGUGUGUGUGUGUGUGUGUGUGUGUGUGUGUGUGUGUCUGUGUGUGUGUGUGUGUGUGUGCCUGAGUAAGCUUGUACCCUUGUCUAAGCUGUGACAUCACCCCUAGAAGUCAGUGAUGUGCCUGAGGCGUCAAACAAAGGGGAUAAAAAUCGCUAUGGAUAUAUGUGACCUGACAGCUUCACACUCUGGCUCACACACACACCCCACACUCUCACACAAAAGGAAAGAGUAAAAGAGACAAAGACAGGCAUGUACAGUACACACAUACAGGGCUUGUUCUUUUUAUAAUGUAAGAAUUAUCAUGUAAUUCUUAUUUAAAACAGUUGAAUGCUACUUUAUUCACACCGCUGUGUGAAGUACAUGUCUGUGUGGGUGUGUGUGCAGUAAUGUUUUGUUUUAGAUCAUAUCAGGCCUUAAAAUGUCUCCACUGAGUCAUUUUGAUGUGCACAUACCCAGGACAGCACAGUUGUCAUUUAACAGCACUAAAUAUAAUCCCAAGUGUCACUUGGAGGAAAUAUGACGCCAGUGAGUCACGUCGAUGACUCAUUACUUCUCCUUAUUGAUCAAGUUCCAUUACUGAAAUGAGCGAAUUAUUAAUGGGAUUGCUUCCAUCGAUGUUUCUGUUUGUGACCAUAUGUAUUUGUGUCAUGUUUUCUAGGAACACUUGAGUCACAUUGGACCAGAGGAGUUUGUCCAUGCCUUCGCCCAGAAAGACCCCUUAGAUGGAACUACGGUAUGUUCUCGCGGGAAUCACAAACUAUUUGUUUUUAUUGUCAGUGUGAUGUUUUUAGGAGUCCUAAAAAGGCAGAUUUUAAGGAUCUGUUACAGAGAAAUGUAAACUAGCAAAAAGUGUCUCGUAAAUUUGCUUCUAAAUUCUAAUACAUCAUGUGGAUUUGCUUCAAAAGUGGCUUUAAAAAGGUUGUGUUUCUCCAGCUUUAUGUUCUUUCUUCUCAUCCCCUUGAAUCAGAUACUGUCACUUUCACUUAUUUCCUCUCCAUUUGUCCUUCCAAUACAGCUUUUCCUCAUGUUUGCAUUGAUCGUGUUAUAUCUGCUUCCUGCUCUGUGUCUGUGUCAUUACCACUCACACAGGGGGUCAGCCUGUAGAUAGGAAGCUAAUUAGGAUCAGAUGAACUCCCUAUUGUAACACUUCCUAUGCUAACUGGUGUGUCUGUGUGUGUGUGUGUGCAUUUGUGCAUGUUUGUGUGUCAUCAGCAGCCAUGCUUCAGCGACCAGAAGAAGAAAACCUCCAACCUGGAGGCGUAUGUCAGGUGGUUCAACAGACUGUGUUACCUGGUGGCCACAGAGAUCUGCAUGGUGAGUGGCAAAUGUUGGUACGCCAGGUGCUCAUUGAUUCUAACUUUAGAGGUGACCAAAAACAUACACACUGUGCCAAAAAUGACGAGCAUGAACAAGGGACGUACUUAUAAAUGCUUAGUCUGUUUACAAAAUAGGGCAGACAUCAGGAGAGAGAAGAAAAGAGAUCAGAUAAAUUGUUGUGAAGAUGUCUCAAUUUUUUUUCAUAUCCAUAUAUUUGUGCUAUUAAAAAAAAAUGUUGUUGUUGGCGUAUCAUUUGCCAUUGCAAUGGAAAUUAUCUGGAAAACUCAUUCUGUGGAGAUAUUGUAAACAAACAGAAGUGCAGACGACAAAGCUGGUUAGGUUCUUACAGAGCAUUGCUGCCCCCCAGUGGUUAUUUUCUGUAAUUAUACUCUAACUUAUAAGGACAGUAAGUAGAUGUGCUGAUAUAUCUUUAGAGAAAUAUAAAGUUUACUGCAAAACUUGAGGAAAAGAACCUUCUUUCCCGCAGCCGGCAAAGAAGAAGCAAAGGGCCACGGUGAUAGAGUUCUUCAUCGAUGUUGCCCGGGAGUGUUUCAACAUUGGAAACUUCAACUCCCUCAUGGCCAUCAUCUGUGAGUAUAACUCUGCAGUUUCUGAGAGUAUUAUCACAGAGAUAUUGCUGUACGGCUGGUGUGAAUAGCUGAAUGUUUCCUCCCACAGCUGGUAUGAACAUGAGUCCUGUUUCACGGCUGAAGAAGACUUGGGGCAAAGCCAAGACAGCAAAGUUCUUCAUACUUGAGGUAAAACACGAUCCAAGGAUUCACUGACUUGGGGCUACAGGUAAUGACUUGUUCUUCACAGUGUUUUUUUUUUGUUGCCAUUUGCUCUCACAGCACCAGAUGGAUCCUACAGGGAACUUUUAUAACUACAGGACAGCCCUGAGGGGGGCUGCUCAUCGCUCGCGGACUGCCAACAGCAACAGAGAAAGGGUAGGGCUUUGCUUUUUUGUGAAAUCAAGCUGGCAUCAGUAAGGUGUUUUUACACAUGCAUCUGAAGUUCCUAUUUCCAUGUAUGUUUUUUCUCCCUUCAGAUUGUGAUUCCCUUCUUCAGCCUGCUGAUCAAAGACAUUUACUUUCUGAAUGAAGGAUGUGCCAAUCGGCUGCCCAACGGCCACGUCAACUUUGAGGUAAUCCAAUUCCUCUUGUCUUGACCCCACUUUCUUGAACCUCCCUCAAACAUUAACCCAAGUGCUGCUACAUUUCCUAGAAAUUCAUGGAGUUGGCACGGCAGGUUGGGGAGUUCAUGACAUGGAAACAGAUGGAGUGUCCAUUUGAAGAGGAUCGGGCCAUCCUACACUACCUCCACACUGCUCCAAUCUUCAGCGAGGACGGUGAGAACCUACUUUUAACUCAGAAAACUUUUCUACUUGUGUUCAUUUGUUGUUUUUUUAGCAAUCCUCCUUCCUUAUUUCAACUGAAUUACUCUUAAAAUCCCCCUCAGGACUCUACCUCGCAUCCUAUGAGAGUGAGAGUCCUGAGAACCAGGUAGAGAAGGACAGGUGGAAAGCACUCAGGUAAGAAUGAGAAGAACCCAUUUCAAAUACUAUACCCUGCACAUCAACACCGUGUCCCUCAUGAAUCUCUCUCUUAUCUGCACCAGGUCAAACGUUCUGGCAAAGACAUGAGGCCCUGAUGGCAGCUAACCCUCCCACCAGCGAGGAAGCCGUGUGUUCUUGUUGCACUAAAAUGAACUGUGAAGGAACCUAGCUGGUAUUAGGUGUUUUUCUAUGAAGAAGUGUUGAAAAAAUGGAACAAGAUGAACGGGAUUCAUCCAGAAAAGUGUUAAAAAACAAACAAACAAACAUGUCUUUAAAAAAAAAGGGAUUUUAAGUUAAGCUAUAAAAACUGAAGCAAAAUGCCUUUGCAGCAUAUGAACUAUCUGGGAUUUAGGUACAGUAUGUUGGAAAGGGGUCCAGCCUCUAAUUUUACCCCUCCCUUGAUGUGUGUUUACUCUGUGGAGAUAUGUUUACUACUACAGCAAGUAUGGUUACAGGGAAAACCACUUUAUAAAAUGAAAUUCCUACAGAUGCUAUAGUUGUUUUUGUAUUUGCUCCUCUCUCCUUUUCUCUCUUUUUCUCUUCAGCCUUUAUUCCUAAGCAUUGUCUAGGUAUUCAUUUGAACUUUAUUUCCUUUACUUGUAACGUACUGUAAUGAAACUAACAAUGAUGUGAAGGGCGCUGGCUAGCCCAUUAUCAACUUUUGUAGGUCUACUGAAGGAAUCUGGAAAGACAGAAGAGGACAUGGCUUGAGCAUUGUACCAGUUUGUCUCAUGUGUACUUUUAUGUGUGCGUGCGUGCGUGUUUGUGAUCCAAUUGGUCAUGCAUUUAUGUCUGUUCAGAUUGUCAUUGUCUUGUUUUGCAUGAGAAUGACUGGAUCUGCUCGUUGGUCAUCUCUUAUUGUCAUUUUAUUUAUUGUAUUUUAUUUGGGGAAAGUACUGGAUGGGGAAUUUGAGCUGUUUUAAAAAUGUUUACUCCUUUUUAAAUGUAUUGUGCCAUUAAGCAAAACAACUACAGUAUAGCUUAAAGGUCACAACAAGAGCAGGGUCAGAUGUAGAUUGUGUACAGGUGACAUUUACCCCUCAUCUUCCUGCUCUUCAGGAAGUUUUCUCUGACUGACGUUCAGUUGUUUGAUAUAUUUAUGGAGAUUUCUGUGCUGACAGAUGUAUAGUUUUUAUUGUUACUUUCCUCUACUGAAUAUGAAGUCAAAUGGCAUGCUAAGAUCAGUGCAUUUAGAGGGGCAUUAAGAGUAACCACCUUGAGAAGAAACCUGCUGCAGUAGAAACCUUGCAGUGAUAAUGAAGGACAAUGGUGAUUUGGAGACUUUUGUCUUUCUCUAAAGUAAGGAGGGAAACUUGUGCCAUAUGAAUCACUGGCUGUUUUGACAAUUCAGGUUCCUCUGACUUGAAAUGUGUUUUGUCGUUGUGUAGGGUCGUCAUUGAGCUCUGUUUUUUGGCAGUUUUGUUGUGAUUCGGGAGCCAUUUAUUGUGGGAAGGGGUGGUGUUAGGAGAGGAGGUGCUAUGGGGGAUGGGAAUGGGAACUAUGUAAUUAUAAGCUUUUUAAAAAACAGUCUUAUUGAGUUUGCUCUGAUUGAUUGAUGUCAGUGUUUUCUCUUAAGAAGCACCUUUCCAUCCCAGUAACAAACUGACUUUAACUCUCCCUCCUCAUUUGCCAUCAGUAAACUUUUCCUGUAACACAUUCCCCACAUAAGUUAAGUAUAGAGUCAAACCUGCCAUUCAAGCUGAAGACAUGUUUAAUUGAAACAUUGCCUGUGUUUAAUGUAUGUUUUCAAAGACAAUCUACAUUACAUCAACUCUGCUCUUUUGAAUGGUGCCGUUGGCAUUUUCUGAUCUUUGCUUACAUACAUACAUUGCUGUGUGCAUUUCAAGUUAUGAAAUGCAUUCUGUGUUUUUCAUGAGUAACGAAGCCAAGCAGAAAAAAUGUUUGGCUGUUUCAUCACUGCAACAUUUGUGACUGGUUCCCAAAUAGCCUUUAAUAAAAGUCAACCAUGCUUAACUUACUAUGUGCUGCUUGUUUUUC